CUGCACUGACUCCUGUGGUUUUGAUCCAGUCUGGUGGAUUUAACAACUCUGGAUGUUUAGCUGAUCAUCACUUCAGCUCUUUAUUUUUACAUUUAGAAACUGUCCCUCUUCUGUUUCCACACAGAAUAUUCUGCUGUCCUCAAACGACCUGGAGGACCUGUUGGGGGACCCCGAGGACGAGUCCUUCCUGAGCUCCGCCAGGACUAACAUGUUCCUUCGUCGGGGGAGUUCUCGAGGGGACGGGACGGUGCCUUCAGGGUCCAACCGGAAAGGUUCGGUGGGCCGUGGGGACGUCUUUGUGGUGGACGAGGACACUGACUUGUUGGAUCCGAUUUUCCAAAAUGGCGGACGAGUCAACCCUCAGUGGAAACCUUCCAGAAAUGGACUUAAAGGAAGCCAGAAGGGAAAGCCUGAACAGUCCUCGAAACAUCUGGAGGAGAACAUCACCACAGACAAGAAGGCCACCUCAGACGGGAGGACGUCCUCCCUGUUUCCAGGGAAACCGACAGCAGACAUCAUCGACCUGGACGACGUCAGAGGGGCUCCCAAAAAGCCCUCAGUGGAAUAUCCUGUAGCCAAAACCCCCCAAGAUCCUAGAACGUCCACAGAGUCUGCUAAGGUCGGAGUAGAGGACCGGAGACCCAUCACCAACGGGAGACAACCGGAGAAGGAGCACCCUGCCAUCGUUACCAUGGUAACCAGAGACGGGGACCUGGUCCUGGGCUCGGAUGGGAAAACGUACCGGCUACAGAGAGGACCAGCAGGCCGGAUGGGUCCUCCAGGGGAAGAGGUGGGCCAUCACACGGACUACAGAGGACACAGAACCAGAACCAGACUGCACAUCUGGUCCGGUCUGGGCUGGCCUCUGGAGUCACGCUGCCAUAAAAUCCACACCAUCACUCAGGACGAUUACUGUGAUUGA